AUGAAAUUCAGCCAGAAUAUACUCGCUACUGUGUUUGUGGCAUUGUCCACUCUUGCUGCUGCCGCUCCGGCGAGCAAGAGGGAUGACGAUGACUGCUCUUCUACUAGGGUUCAUCUUCAUCACAAGCAUAAGAGAGAGGUCGUUUACGAAUAUGCCUAUGUGACUGUUACGGUCAAUGGCCAAGGCUCCGAAGUCUCUGCCACUCAGACGACCACUUCCACUGGAACUGACGAUGCUCCAGUGGACUCGACUUCGACAUUGGAGUUUACUUUCACGCCAAGCUCUUCUGUCGCUGCCCAAGCUUCGAGCGCUGCUGCUGCCUCCUCGGCGGUGGCAUACUCGUCUGCUGCUGCCUCUUCCCCCGCACAAGCCUCGUCUGCUGCUGCCUCUUCCCCUGCACAAGCUUCAUCUGCGCAAGCCUCUUCCGCUGCAGCAUCUUCUCAGGGCGGUGCUUCUUCUGUGGCAUCAAGCUCGCAGUCUACUGGUACAUACACCACCUCCUCGUCCAACGGAAUUAGCGGCGAUUUGCAAAGCUACCAAGAUCCAACGGAAGAGUUCCAAGACGGUGUUCUUUCUUGUGAUGAGUUCCCAUCUGGCCAAGGUGUUAUUGCUCUUGACCACAUGGGCUUCGGUGGCUGGUCCGGUAUUUACAACUCUGACACUUCUACCGGUGGUUCUUGCAAAGAGGGCUCUUACUGUUCUUACGCUUGUCAAUCUGGUAUGUCCAAAACCCAAUGGCCUUCGAACCAACCUUCGAAUGGUGUUUCGGUCGGUGGCUUGCAAUGUAAGAAUGGCAAGUUGUACAGAUCUAACCCUAACUCCAAGUACUUGUGUGAAUGGGGUGUUGACAAAGCCGUUGUUGUGAGCAAAUUGUCUCAGGACGUUGCAAUCUGCAGAACCGACUACCCUGGUACUGAAAACAUGGACAUCCCAACCGUGGCUCUGGCCGGUCAAACAACUGUUCUUACUACUGUUGACCAAGAUAGCUAUUUCCAAUGGCAAGGCAAGAAGACAUCGGCUCAGUACUACGUUAACAAUGCUGGUGUUUCUUGGGAAGACGGCUGCACCUGGGGUAGCGCUGGAUCUGGUAUUGGCAACUGGGCACCAUUGAACUUUGGUGCAGGAUACACUGGUGGAAUUGGCUACCUCUCUUUGAUUCCAAACCCAAAUAACUACGAUGCUGCUAACUUUAACGUCAAGAUCACUUCUUAUAACGGCGGUACAGUUAACGGUGAGUGCGUCUACGAAAAUGGCUCGUACAACGGUAACGGAUCCGAUGGAUGUACCGUUGCUGUCACUUCUGGCCAAGCGCAAUUCGUUCUUUACAAUUAA